AUGACCCCAUCUAACCCUUCGGAUAGCGGCCAGAGUGCUGCGCACGAUGCGAACGCUGACCGAACGAUGAAGAAAGAACAGGACGAUACCAAGAGCUCUCAGAUUGAUUUGAGCGACAAGGACGAAGAGGACGCAAAGCCUUCUUCCUCGCCCUCUCCACUUGAACCUACAAGCAUGACCGCCCAACUGGCUGACACACAGGUCCCUCUCACCGAAGCAAAUCUCACCGUGCACACAAUCCAGACGCACGAAUCCAUGCCGCCGAAGCCGCCGCCAUGGAUGUCGUCAUCAACCGAAGCGUCUGUGACUUCAGGCGCAUCGAGGAAGGCAAUGUCCGAACGUGCACCUUCAUUUCCGUCUACAACCGUGACCGCCCAGCCGGCAGCCAUACGGGCCUCUCUCACCAUAGCCAAUCUCGCCGUGCACACAGCCCAGACGCCCGGAUACAAGGCGCCGCCGCUGCCGUCAACCGUAGCUUCUGUGAUGCCAGAUGCAUUAGAGAAGGCAAUGUGUGAGGAAGUUCAGCGGCUGGUACGCGAGCUUAGUGCGCACAGCAUAAACGUAGUAUACAACAAGGAUGCUCGGCCCCCUGGAAUUCAGCAGAUCGUCGAUCGCGUCCUUGGUCCGCGGAGAGACAUGAAGGGUAAGGCGAACGAUGCGGAGAAGUCGGACAGCCAGUCCCGGUAUAUCAUGAAACUCCUGGAACACGAACACGCUUGUCGGUAUUACAUGAACGGGGACGACUUGAAGAGACUCUACAGUACUAGUCUCUUCUACGGUGAUCACUGCGACCGUGAGGAAGAUGAAAUACAUCCUAACGUCCAAAGAACUGACGAUGCACAAUGGAAGACCAGUGCAGAAAACGUCCAUAACGGGCCGAAGCUCCCUCUCCCCACGCCUGGCAUUACAUUCGGAUACCCUAAAUCUUCUUUUACACAGGAUCAGCAUAGCGAGCUCACUCGCAGGUAUGCGGACGCGCUUGUGCUCUCUGACACAUGCCUGCCAUACCACGUCGUAGAGUGGGAAGGUGCAGACAGCAACUACAAGCGUGCCGGCGAGGUCGAGGCGCUCCUAGGUGCAGCUACAGCAGUAAAAGCCAACCAUCUUCUCUACACGAAACUCGGCAUUUCGACUAGCCCCGAGGAUACUGCGAUGUUCGCAACGGUCGUUGAAUCGGAAUUUGUUACCACCUACGUGUGCUGGAGGGAGGAAACGGAAUCGGCACUUGUGUUUCGCAUGAGUCCGAUCAAGGAAUUGCAGCUGAGCCUAGAGAGAGAGGCUGAUGCUUAUGAUGCCAGGAGCAUCCAUAUUAACAUACGGGAGUGGGCUACGGAAACAAGACUGCCUCUCAUAAAGGGUGCUUUGGAUGCAUCCUUUAAGAUACAUACUGAAGAAGCUGCUAAGAAGACCGCUGAAGAAACUGCUAAGGAGUCUAAAAAACGAUGCCGCGAAGAGAGUGCCGAGGAGGAAACCGAGGUUACAGAGAAGAAAGCUAAGAAAGAUGAUGUUGAGGAACCUACACCGCCUACAUCAGACAGCGGCUAG